GGACGUUUCAACUCAUCAACCACAGGUGUAACAAAUGAUCAUAUAUUAUAUUUAGAUGUGCCUUCGACAGUCUUCUGGUAUUCUGGCUCACCUUCGUGAAACAGAAAUAUGAAUUAAUGUCAUCAGUUGGACCUGUGCUUCCCUUCACCUGCCAUGGCAAGCCGAAUGCCAGUCAGGACAGACGUCUGUUAGACACAUUUAGGAGUCAUUUGUGCAAAACAUUACAAUUAGACAUUGAAGAAAAACGUAAAAAUCACAGAAGACAAAGUUUACAACCACAAUGUUGCAUCGCUACCUGUGUUUGAAGCCACCAGGGCUGAGCUCUCCAACGUGACCAUGGAUCUACAACCCAUUGUGACGUUUCCAGGUGGAGCACCAUCUUCGUUUUCACUGGGGCUAGUAGUUUUGAACCGAACUAGCUAGCGUUCAUUCUUCCUCAAAUGUUUUCGGUAAAUCACUACGCGGCGAUCUGAGGUCUGCGCUGCGAUGUUGACACUGGAAGUUUUCUCGCCGCUCCUCCUCCUCUCCAUCCUGUUGCCGCGCUGCGGUUGCCGGGCGGCGGACAUUCCGGAGGACACAACAUCAGAGUUCGCGGUCAGACUGUACCACCGGCUGCAGGCGGCGGGGAAUCAGGAUAACAUCAUUUUCUCCCCGCUGAGCGUGGCUGUGGCCCUGGGGAUGGUGGAGCUGGGGGCCAGGGGGGCUUCACUGGAGGAGAUACGGCAGGCUGUAGGAUUCAGCCACCUGCAGCCAGGCGGGGAGUUCCCUUUGCUUCAGAACCUGACAGCGGCGCUGUCGGAGGACGACACCCACUACGUCAUCCGAUUUGCCAACAGCCUUUACCGGCAGGAAGGCAUCACCUUUAACCCCGAGUUUAUGCAUCUGAUGCGGAAAUACUUCCGGGCCGAUGUGGAAACGGUAGACUUCAGCGAGUCGGCAGCCGUGGCCGAGCAGAUCAACAACUGGGUGGAAAAUCAUACUGAGAGUAAGAUCCGCGAGCUGCUAUCAGCCGAGGACUUCAGCAGCGUGACCCGCCUGGCCCUGGUGAACGCCGUCUACUUCCGAGGCUCCUGGAAGAGCCAGUUCAGGCCCGAGAACACCAGAACCUUCUCCUUCAGCAGAGACGAUGGCUCUGAGGUCCAGACGCUCAUGAUGUACCAACAGGGAGACUUCUACUACGGCGAGUUCAGCGACGGCACACAGGAAGCCGGCGGCGUGUACCAGGUGUUGGAGAUGCCCUAUGAGGGCGAGGACAUGUCCAUGAUGAUCGUUCUGCCUCGGCAGGAGGUGCCACUGGCUUCCCUGGAGCUCAUCAUCAAAGCACCGCUGCUGGAGGAGUGGGCGAACAAUGUCAAACGGCAGAAGGUGGAAGUCUACCUCCCCAGGUUCAAAGUGGAGCAGAAGAUCGACCUGAGGAGCACUCUGCAGGAGCUAGGAAUAAAGAACAUCUUCACCAGUGAUGCUGAUCUCUCGGCCAUGACAGAUGGUAAAGACAUGUACAUUGGGAAGGCUUUGCAGAAGGCUUACCUGGAUGUGACAGAGGAGGGGGCAGAAGGAUCCGUCGGGUCAGGUAUGAUCGCUCUGACCAGGACUCUGGUGCUGUAUCCUCAGGUCAUGGCUGAUCACCCAUUCUUCUUUGUCAUCAGAAACCGGAGGACAGGGUCAAUCCUCUUCAUGGGCAGGGUCAUGACCCCUGAGGUCAUCGAGCCCAACGACCAUGACUUUGACUCCAUGUAACCACCGCCAUGAGAUCCCCUCGAGAUCCCGACGUCAUAAACGCUACCUUUCCUCUCUAUCGCCAUCUUCAGCUGUGUUUUAUACUCUUGAAAAGAAGAAAAAAGAUAUACAAGCUGAAUAUUAUACGAUAUAUUAUAUAUUGAAAUAAGACAUACAACAUAUGAUGUGUUUUGAUACUGGAAGCUUUAAACUCCUGGAUACAGACGUGCAGGACAAGGAGGCUGUCAAUAUUCUCUGGUGUAUGGUUUGUAUAUGAGAAGAGACGUGAAGAAGAAGAACACAUGAUAUGUAAUUCACGCACGACCCCUUUAACCCUCCUGUCGCCUUAGGGUCAUUUUGACCCGAAUCAAUAUUACACCCUCCUGUCGCCUUAGGGUCAUUUUGACCCGAUUCAAUGUUUCACCCUCCUGUUACCUUUAUAUUUACUAACAUAUUUUACCCUUUGGGUUCAAUUUGACGCCAGCAAUUAAAACCUCCAGAAAAUUAUUAGAAUUAAUAUUGUUUUCCAAGUUUAAGUGUGAGGCACUUUAUGUUUGUUUGUUGACUACCGAAAGAACACCGACAUUAAACAUUGAAUGGGGUCAAAUGAAUCCUAAGGCGACACGAGGGUGUAAUAUUGAUUCGGGUCAAAUUGACCCUAAGGCAACACAAGGGUUAAGUUCAGCCGCUUCGCGCUCACUUACGCAGACACACAACCACGCGCUGCACUCUACUUCUACAAUAUUUACUCUUUCAUACUCCAGAUACAGUAUGUGCACACUGUUGUUUUCACACUUUAAUUAUAUCCCUGUACACUUCACAUUGUGUUCUAUAAAAUAUACUUAUAUAUACUCCGUAUUUAUUGCAGAAUAAACAUGUGCAAACAUGUUGUCCCAAUACUAAAUGAAUCUUAGUAAUGUAUCUGUUCCAGACAGUAUUCUAGUAAUUUUGUUGACACCAGAUGGCUUAACUGCUGAUGAAUUAAUGUGCCCUAUCCUAUCCGAGUGGUUGAUUAAGGUGCAGCCGGGCAUCUCACAGGUGAGCAGAGGAGACUGCGUGACUAAGCGGGGUUGCUAUAGAGACGGCCUGGAGCAUGAAGGCGCAUUGAAAAAGAUCUGCGGCACUGUUUUGGAUGUGCAUACAGGGAGAAACCGUAACACCAGCUGUCUUCAGUCUUUUUCUCAAUAAAAACAUGAAUGUGUUCCCAUUAAACAAAGACGGUGUCCUUCUCUC